CUUGUGGUUUUGUCAGCUCCUCCAUACGAAUAGGCAGAUUACAGAGCUGAGCUGCAGAAUCACAAAAGAGCUGAGCCAUGCUAGGAGUGUACUGGAGCCCUGUCAUCAUCGCCUGCUGCAGCCUAGCAGGUACCUCUGGGAUCAAGAUCAUCCACGGGAACGAAGCCAAACCCCACAGCCGACCCUACAUGGCCGCGCUUUAUGUUGGAGAGGAAAAGCGGUUCAUAUGCGGAGGGUUCUUAGUCAAACCCAGGUACAUCCUGACAGCAGCUCACUGUAAUCUGGGGAAGAUCACGGCACACCUGGGAGUUCACAAUCGCACAAAGAAGGAAAGGACCCAGCAGGUGAUACCCGUGAAGGAGAUCAUCCCCCAUGAACAAUUUAAUGCGAGGAUCAACGCAAACGAUAUCAUGCUGUUGAAGCUGCAGCGCAAAGCCAGAGUGACACGUGCCGUGAACACCAUCAGCAUUCUAAAAAGCAGCGCUUCAAUCCGACAAGACGCCUCCUGUUUUGUAGCCGGUUGGGGUCACACUGGCAGUCGUGGACCAAGCAGUGAUGUGCUGAGAGAGGUGGAGGUGAAGAUCAGCCAGACCUGUAAGACUCAAACACAGAUCUGUGCAAAAGGCACGGGCCUUAAGGGGGCCUGUCAUGGAGACUCAGGAGGCCCACUAGUUUGUUUGGACCGCAGGCGCAUUCCAAGAGCUGUGGGGAUUUUGUCUUAUGGUGCCGAUAACUGUGAAGAUCCUCGAUUUUUAAACAUCUACACAAAUGUGUCUGCGUACUGGGACUGGAUCCAAAAGAAAAUCAAAGUCAGCUCUUCAGUCUGAAUAUCUCUUCCUGAGCCAGACACCCCUGCACCCAUCUGGUACUGGCACGUCUGUUCCAAGCUCAGCCAGAAAGGCAGGGGCAGAGAGGGGAGGAGCACACAAGGGUUUCAUCUUCUGCUUCUGGCUCUUGUGACCUGCUUCAAUGAAUAAAUCGAUGAAGCCUCUUCCUUUGAUGUGUGGUUGCCCAUUUUGCUUCUGGUUGCCCAUUUUGCAUCAUGAUUCACACUUCUCUUAAGCUCUGCAUUUAACCUUUUUACGCCUUCUGUGCAGUGAUAUUCCUCAGCUGAGCUCAAUGCUUAUUUCACAUUAGGUCAUCUAAUUACCCAGAUCCAUACACCAUCUCUGCGCAGAAGACACAGAUGAGUCAGGGUUUGGGUCUCCUGGAGGUAAACCUGUUCCCAAGAUGCAGGCUGCACUGCUAAUCAGUGAUGAGCUUGAGUCCAGCACGGGUAAAUGGUUUCCCUUCUGGUAUGUGUCCUUUUCUUGACUAGACCAGAGCCAAUACCCAUCCCUUUUGUAACCAUGGCGGAAAUAAUGGAGGCUCUGAUCAUGGGCUCUUGAGAGACUGAGCAAGGAGUCUAAAUGUUUGGGCUUGUGAGUGUCCUGAUAAAAACUAAGAUCCAGGCCUUUAAUGACCUCUUGGGCACAGACAUUAGCAGUGUGAGAGUAUCGACCUCAUCGAGAGGUUUACUUACCUCGGAAGUGACAUUCAUGUCUCUGGUGACUCUCCCUAUGAUGUCAGUAGACAGUAAACACAGGGAUGUGUGGUGCUCCCAGUAUUUCUGUAAAAGGACGAAGGUGCAAGCCUUUAAAGUCCUGGUGCUUCCUGUCUUGCUAUAUGGUUGUGAGACAUGAAUGCUAUCCAGUGACCUAAGACGAAAAAUGGAUUCCUGUGGUACUGUGUCUUUCUGGAAAAUCCUUGGAAACCACUGGUUUGACUUUGUGUCAAAUGAGCGGUUGCUCAUGGAGUCCAGAAUGAGGCCCAUUACCUGCAAUGAGAGGGAACGUCAGUUAUGACAAUAUGGCGAUAUGAUUUCCUGAGGGUGACCUGGCUUGCAGGAUCUUCAUUGUUGAGGACCCGAGUGGUUGGACCAGGCCAAGGGGUCGCCCACGUAACAUUUGGUUGUGGCAGAUAGACGGUCAUUUCUGGAGGGUGGGACUGGUCCACAUGUCUGCUUGGGGGGUUUCCAACUGGGAUCUCAAGCUGUUUCGUUAUGUGAUGGGUGUGGCAACGUGCUGUACCAGUGCAGGCUCCCCAACUUGACCUGACUUGGCUUGACUUGACAAGAGAACUAUGGUACAACAAAAGAUAUAUGUAUUUAACUUGCUCUAAAAUGUAAUUUCCGCCCCAAAGAAUACAAUGCAUAAUUCAUUUAUGCACAUACAUAUCCAGGCCAGAGAGGAAUUAAUAAAACAUACAGUCAGUCUUUCGUGGGGGAUGAUCACAGCUAUACAAAUCAGUCCAUCAAGGUGGUGAGCAGCAUU